AUGUCAUUCUGUGUGGAAAAUGGUGUCUGCGAUGUGCGCUUCUGGUGGUUUAUUCAGAACACCAGCUUGGGCACCCCAGCUGUGUCCUGCGGUCCCUUUGGGAAGCACACCCUCAAGGUGCGAGCACUCUGCAGUGUGCACUUAGUCAUGCAGCUGCUUGCCUUGAGACCGCCGCUUAUUGAUGGGCCUUUGGAUCAGGGACUGCGCGUUUGUGUGGGCGAGAACCUGCUGGGAGGAUUUCGGCUUUGUACCAAGAUGCAAGACUUGGAAGACGGGGCUUGUGGCUGCAGGAAUGGCUGCGAAGCCCCUCUGUAG